AUGUUUGUUGACCGCGACUUACUGCGAGCUCGAUUUGCCACGGCCAUGUCUUCCAUGUAUCGUGCAGAGGUGCCGUUGUACGGAGACCUGAUUGAUAUUGUGCGCGACGUCAAUGCACAGGCCUUCCAAAAUUGCACUCGAAACGGCCAAGGAAAUGAUGCGUCUGCAAUAAUUACCAGCUCAGAGAGGCUGACCCUAGAGCGACACGGAGCUAUCCGCCUAGGCACCCCAUUCGAGCUCCGGACAGUUAAACGGAUUUUUGGCCUCCUGGGACUGCAGCCAGUGGGAUAUUACGAUCUAUCUAUUGCCGGUCUGCCGAUGCAUGCGACGUGCUUUCGUCCCACGUCGGUCUCAAGUCUCGACCAAAAUCCCUUCCGGGUAUUCACCACCCUGCUAAGACCGGAAUUGCUUGCAUCGGCGGAGGCACGCCAGCUUGCUUUGGAACUGCUCGACAAAAGAAAGAUCUUCAGCAAUGACCUACUCGACAUUUUGGUGACCGCAGAGGCGCAGGGCGGGUGGCUGACAGAAGAUCAAGCCAAAACCUUCAUUCCCCAGGCUCUGGCCACUUUCAGUUGGCAGUGUAUGGCUGCGGCAACGUUCGAUCAAUAUCAGACCUUGAAAGCCGAGCACCCUAUCCUUGCGGACAUUGCAUCCUUCCAGAGCGCUCAUAUCAACCACCUAACGCCGCGGACCUUGGAGAUAUCGGCCGUGCAAUCAUCCUUGAAGGCAGCUGGCAUGGCUGUGAAAGCACAUAUUGAGGGACCCCCGCCUCGAAAAUGCCCCAUUUUGCUACGUCAGACAAGCUUUCUUGCUCUUGAAGAGGCAGUUCAAUUCAGGCAAAGCGAUUUGGAUAGCGGUAUUGGUAUCAAUGUUUCGGAGUCCCGAGGGGCGUUGAUCGUGGCCAAUCACAAAGCCCGAUUUGGCGAAAUCGAGCAACGAGGUGCCGCAGUUACGCCCAAGGGUCGGUACCUCUAUGACCGGCUAUUGCACGAAAGCCAGAAGAGAGCCGCUGGUGCCAAUGCUGAUGAAGCCGAUGCCAUUGCCACGGAAGUAUUCAAGGAAUACCCUGACACUUGGCCUGAGCUCUGGAAACAAGGGCUCAUCUAUUGUCAUUUCCACUGUACCAAGAAAGGCAUCCAGAAGUCAAGCCUGGAUCUGAAACACGGUUCUUUGCUCGAACACUUGAUUGACAAUGGAGUUGUAGAGGCCUCCCCUAUCACCUACGAAGACUUCCUGCCAUUUUCCGCUGCGGGUAUCUUCCAGUCCAACUUGCAAUCGGGUAACAAACCCAAUGAACCACCAAAGUUAGCACUCUCUUCUUCAGAUCAAUAUGGACUAGAAGAAGCACUUGGUGCGAAAGUAUUCGACCUUCAUGAGUGGUACGCCAAUGUGCAGAGUGAAGGCCUAGAGAGAGUUAGCAAGGAGCUGGGGAUUGCCUCGGAGGCGCUCAUGCUAAGGUAG